AUGAAUACUGAAAGUGCAAUGGGCCGAGGAAGUGAAAAAUACAGUUUGAGACCUCGGAGUAGUGUUCGCAGAAGAUUUAAAUUCGACGAAAUUGAGGAUGAAAAAGAAGAAUUUUCAGAAACAAACUCUAAUCACAGUGAAAAAAGUGAUUCGGGACGUGGAAAAAAUUCGACAAAACAUCGACCUCCACCCUUGAGUAAAUAUAGAAGAAAAACGGCAAAUGCGAGGGAAAGAUCAAGAAUGAAGGAAAUUAACUCUGCUUUUGAAACUCUAAGGAAAGCGGUGCCUUCUUAUAUGCCACAAUUAGUUUUAUCGCAAGGGGAUGGAUCAAAUGAAAAACUGACAAAAAUAACAACUCUUAAAUUGGCAAUGUUGUACAUUUCGGGUCUAUCGGAAUUAUUGAAGAAAGAAGAAGAAAGGUCAAGACUAAUGGACGAAAGUGUGGAAUCAUUGGUGAAUUAUCAUCCCACACUUUUCAGAAAUGGCCGGGAUACUUGCACUCUGACUGCUUUGAAUACCUCCACCUACGACAUAUUCGAAUCCUCAAAUUCUGUUUUCACCGACGGAGGCAGUGAUGGGGAAAGUUUCCAUUCAGGAGGUACUCUAGACAACUUUAUUGAGCAACCAAUAGAAGCUCUUGUUCCUGAGUUGGAACUCGACUUUCCAGAUAAUUUAUUAGACACGGAAUUAAGUUAA